AUGGAGAAGUCGAAAAACUUUCGGAUCGACGCCCUGUUAGCCGAAGAGCCGCCCCGGGCCGUGCCGAGCGCCUCGCCACCGAUCCUCGACCCCAGCUCCGCGGCCGAGAGUUCGGCGGGCAGCCCCACCCCCUGCCCCCGCGCCGAGACCCCCCCGCCACCCCUCCCCCGGCCCCACUCGGGCGCCCCGCCGCUGGCCAGCAGCAUCGUCCCCAAGCCGGGUCUGCUCCACCUGCAGCCGCCGGGGCCGGGCGCCCUGUCCCACGCCGGCAUCCCAGCCAUGUACGGGCACCCGGUCUACGCCUACCCGGCCUUGGGCGCCCACCACCCGGCUCUGUCGUACGGCGGCUUCCCGCAGCUGCCCCAGCCGCACCCCGAGCACCUGAAGGCGGCGGCGGCGGCGGCGGCGGCGGCGGCGGCCGGAUCCUUCCCGUUGGACCACUGGCUCCGGGCUCAAACCGCCGGCAUGAUGAUACCGAGACUACCCGACUACACCACUCAGCCCCAGUCAGGACUGAUGGGGAAAUGUCGUCGGCCACGGACUGCGUUCACCAGUCAACAGCUCCUGGAACUGGAAAACCAGUUCAAGCUCAACAAAUACCUGUCCAGGCCAAAACGUUUCGAAGUGGCCACAUCCCUCAUGCUGACAGAAACCCAGGUGAAGAUUUGGUUCCAGAACCGAAGGAUGAAGUGGAAGCGGAGCCGGAAAGCCAAGGAGCAGGCAGCACAGGAGGCUGAGAAGCAGCGAGCCGGGAAAUACUCGGACAAAGCAGCAGGGGGCGAGAGCAGGUCAGAGCCGGAGAGUGUGGACUUCAGCAACCACACCACAAACUUCCUCCAGUGCAGCACUGAACUGGGCUACACCUCCAACAGCUCCUGCUCGGAAGACGAAGUCACUCGGAAAGAGAUGAAAAUCGCGUCGGCUUUGUGA